GGGGCGGUUAGGCUGGUCGCCGUAGCGCCGUGGAGCGGUGCCGGGCCUCGCCAUGGCGGACCUGGGCCGGCAGCUGCAGGAGUACCUGGCGCACUCAAAGGCCACGGCCAACGCGGGCCCUGCGCCGCCUCCCGCCGGCUGCUCGCAGGAGGAUGCAGUGGGGAGUGGCGGCCCGGGGGCCUGGCUGGGCCCGGUGAACCCCUUCUCGCCGGGCCGCGGCGCCCCACCUGCGGCGGCCGGGCCGGGCUCGGGCUGGCCAUGGGCCGCCGAGGCGGACCCCUGCCUGCCGGGGCUGUCGCGCUGGCAGCGGCUGGCGGGGAGCGGGCUGUGCCUGCUGCUGGCCGCGCUCUGCUUCGGGCUGGCCGCGCUGUACGUGCCGCUGCUGCUUCUCCGCGCCCGCAAGUUCGCGCUGCUCUGGUCGCUCGGCUCGCUCUGCGCCCUGGGCGCCGUCGCCCUCCUGCGCGGGCCCGCCCGCCUGCUGCGGGAGCCUAGCCGCGGCUCCCUGCUCUACCUGGGCGCCCUCGGCGGCACCCUCUACGCGGCGCUGGCGCUGCGCAGCACCCUCCUGACGGCGCUGGGCGCCGCGGCCCAGCUGGGCGCCGCCGCCGCCGCGCUCCUGGCCGCGCUGCCCGGGGGCGCCGCCGGCCUCGGCCGCCUCGGCGGCCUCGUGUUCGCUGCGGUGCGGCGCGGGGGCAAAGCGCUGCCGGUGUGAGCCCCGCGCCGCAGCCCGCCGGGACUCGGACGGAGGGACUGAGAGACUCGCGCUCGGCGGAGCACGGAGGCGCCUCUCCGAGACGGGGAUGAGGAUGGCGCCGUCUGCACGCCGCUUCCUUCACCUCCUUGGCUUUGCUGCUGGGCUUUCCUCGCCAGUUCUUGACCCAGAAGAACAGGGGCUGGCACGCGCGAGCGGCACCGGGGACUCUGAACGCGUUGUCUGUGCUCAGGUGGGACGGGCUUGGUGCCAGCUGAGCACAGGAUUCUGCCUUACUGCAAAGGCAGCUCCAUAGCCGUGGUCUGGAGCCUCUCCGGUUCGGGUAGGAGCUGGCAGCAUCCCACUUCCCUGCCUCCAGUCUAGGACCAUGUGGCUGCUGCAGCCUACUUCAAAACGAUGGCAGACUAGCAAGCAGCGGUGGUUUCCCCUGGUUUGGAAUGUUAACGUCAGCACCACUUGUAAUCAGUAGACAGCUGUGGCUAAAGGUGAAAAUGAAAGCUCUCUGUGCAUCAUAAACAAAAAACCUAGGAAUCAUGCAGCUAUGAGUAUUUCAGACAGCUGAGGUUUCAGGAGGCAGUUCUGUUGCUCCAUCUGAUACACAAGUCUGCCUAAAGACCACCCUCUUUAUAGUGAUAG